GAGAUUACAUUAAUCCUACUCAACCUUUUAGCUGUCAGCUGAUUGUCGAGUUGGGAGAAAAAGAAAACAUAGCCAUGGCGGCAGAGAUUCAUUCGAGGCCUCAAAGCUCAAGACCAGUUCUUCUAAAUAAGAUCGAAGGGCACUCUGACGCGGUCAAUGCUGCAGUUUUGAUACCGAAAGAGGACGGAGUGAUCACAGUUAGCGAGGACAGAACUAUCCGGGUAUGGCUGAAGAGAGACAGUGGACAGUACUGGCCCAGCAUCUACCACACGGUCUCCUCGCCGUGCUCCUGUAUGUCGUACCACCAUGAUAGCAGGCGCAUCUUCAUAGGGCAGGACAACGGGGCCAUUGUGGAAUUCCUUCUGUCUGAAGAUUUCAACAAGAUGAACCAUGUGAAGACAUAUCCUGCCCAUCAGAACCGUGUGUCAGACAUGGUGUUUUCUCUGGAGAGCGAGUGGGUGGUGAGCACCGGACAUGACAAGAGUGUGAGCUGGAUGUGCACCCAGAGCGGCAGUAUGCUGGGGCGACACUACUUCGGCUCCUGGGCCAACUGUCUACAGUAUGACAAUGACACUCAGCAUGCCUUUAUAGGGGACCACUCAGGACAGAUCACCCUGCUGAAACUGGAGAGACAGACCUACUCUACCGUCACCACACUGAAGGGCCACGAAGGUAGUAUUGGAGCUCUGUGGUGGGAUCCUGUUCAGAGGCUUUUGUUCUCAGGAGCGUCUGACCACAGUGUCAUCAUGUGGGACAUCGGGGGCCGCAAGGGACGAACACUACUCCUCCAGGGACACCAUGAACGAGUGCAGGCGGUGCGCUACCUGCAGCUGACUAGACAGCUGGUGUCCUGUUCUGCAGAUGGAGGCGUCACAGUGUGGAACAUGGACACUCCCAGAGAAGAGGCUCCUCAGUGGUUGGACAGUGACUCGUGUCAGAAGUGUGAGCAGCCUUUCUUCUGGAAUGUCAAACAGAUGUGGGACUCAAAGACCAUUGGGCUUCGGCAGCACCACUGCAGGAAGUGUGGCAAGGCGGUGUGUGGGAAGUGUAGUUCCAAGCGCACUACAUACCCUGUGAUGGGCUUUGAGUUUCAGGUGCGAGUGUGUGACACCUGCUACGACACCGUCAAGGACGAGGAUCGCACUGCGUUAGCAACGUUCCACGAGGGGAAGCACAACAUAGCCUUUAUGGACAUGGACCCUUCCAGAGGCCUGAUGGUGACCUGUGGCAGCGACCGUGUCAUCAAGAUAUGGGACAUGACGCAAGUGGUUGGCUGUAGCAUAGCAACAGGCUUUUCCCCACGUUGAUUAACCCCUGCCCCCGAUCGGCCCCCAAACUCGUGUCUCAUCCUUCUGGCUCCUCUUCUCUGUCUGGCUGCUUCUGUUCUCUCACGUCCCACUGGACGUUUGGAUGAAGAUACGUGUGUGCUGUGUAAAUGGGUGGGUACUAGUGUUGGUAACCAUUCGCUUGAUUUGGUGUCAGUUUUGUACGACAGAAGUUAAGUCUCAAAUGUGUCUCAGGUCUAACUUCCAGUGUGUACCCAUUCAGUGGAGCUCCAAGCACAAUGUUCUAGUGUGUGUGCGUGUGCGCAUGGGUGGAAGGAGCAGUGUUUUGUGUUAACGUAUGUUAGACUUCUGUCAGGUUUCUUUGACAAAGUGGGUCACAUUCCUCUUGCACUGUAACAUUGGACUGCUAACACCCAUCAUCCACAAUACCCUGCCCAACAGACACACAGGGCUCUCCUAUUGGCUGCUGACUUCAACGUUCUACAUUUUGAAAUAUUGCAAAUACUAACCAUUACAACACUGCUUUUAUAUAUGCACAUGCAUAGUGUGUACAGUAUGAGAUGCAGUGUACUUACCGCUGUAUAUCCCUUAAUGAUCAUGAGGUCAGUUUCUCUCUUUCUCGCUAGUCCUUCUCUUUCCACCUCUCUUGUCCUCUCUUCACUAGUUGGCCUUAUUAAACUCACUUGUUUGUCUCAAGAGGAGGAAAUGGAAGAGUCAUUAGCCGGCAUGGCUGUAUGUGCCCGAUUGAUGCUUGAGCCGUCGGCAUGACAACCCUUGCCGAGCCGUAGGCACAGCUGUUCUCCCCCAGACAUUGUCCAACUUCACCUCAGACACACCUAAAACAUAUUUUGUCAAUUUUCUGUACAGAUAUCACUUCUAGUCCUGAAAACCAAGACCCCAUACUCUAUUGCCUUUGCGAUAAGUUAAGAUGAAUUUGCGUAUAAUGAAAAACGGUGUAAGGUUUUGAAUGAGGUUUUUGUUCGGCUUUUGCUCUAUUUAGACAGGCACUUAGGUACUGAAAUGGUACUGUAUAAAAGUCAAUGUAGCACUAGUUUCCAUGCACGCUGAUGUUUUACACUGUUUCUUCUCACUGUGGGUAAAAUUAGAAGCUGCUUGCGUUUCCUCUAAGGCCUUAAGAGAGCGGGACGCCCCAAGCCUUCUAGAACCUUCAAACUGCUCACGACGCUUCUCACAUGUACGCACAUACACACUCUGCUCUGUAGCAUAGCUGCAUUUUACACUCAACCGUCACCCAUGAAUACUUAGCAUUCAACACUAUUGACUUGCUUCUAGUUUCUUUGUCACUCUCCCACUCUGUUUUGCUUCCAGAGCCCAAGAAGGUUCUCCAUUGCACUGAAAUGCACUACAUGUGGUUUAGAGAGCAGAUGCAUUUAAAACAAAAAUGUUUUUGUAAGUUUGCAUUUUGGGGGAUUUGCUUCAUUACGGCUUGAGUUACGUGGCGUCCUUAAACUGGUAAAUAUUUGGCUAAUUUGUGGUAGGUUAGACUAACGCUUGCCUAAAGGUAAACUGAACAUGACAUGGGAGUUCUGAUUUUUUUCAAAUGUAAUCCUAUUCCAGGUUUGAUCACCUAGUGUAUAAUAUUUAUAUUUGUAGCAAUGUGUUUCUGAUUGUGUCUGGAUGUUUAUGUCAUGUACACUUCAUGUAUAGGAUGAUGGUGGUGAGUUCACACAGACAGGAUGAUGUCAUUGAGAAAUCUGUCACAGAUAUGUUUACCAUGUCAUGUCAGAAACAUGAUGACAUGUCUGGGAGACAUGUUUAUGUCACAGAGGUGUUGACAUCAUAAAGAAAUUGUGACAUCACAGAGAUACAGGGGUGUUGAUGUCACAGAUGGACAUUGUGAGGUCACAGAAGGGGCAGGUAUCCUAGCGGUUAAGAGCGUUGUGCCAGUAACUGAAAGGUCGCUGAUUCGAAUCCCCUAGCCGACUAGGUGAAAAAUCGGUCGACGUGCCCUUUAGCAAGGCGCUUCACCCUAGUUGCUCUGGAUAAGAGCGUCUGCUAAAUGACUAAAAUGUAAAGUACAGACAUCAGGGAUGUGCAGUGUUCUUGGGGACACUUUUACUACAGUACAAUCAAGGCUCAAGUUCAGCUUUUUUUUUACUGUGUUAGAUCAAAAGAAAUCUCUGGUGCUCUGUAAACAUGACCCUAACCUUAACCCUCGGCGUUAUAGAGGAUACCGGCGUUAUAGAGGAUACCGGCGUUAUAGAGGAUACCAGAGUUAUAGAGGAUACCGGCGUUAUAGAGGAUACUUGGGACAGUUAACUGGAGUCCCAGUGAUUUCUGCUCCCAACUAGAUUAAUUCCAUUAUGAGGAGUAACCAAGAGCCAGUAACGUUUAGAAGCUAACAUUAGGUGAUUCCCUCCACAUAUUGUUCCCACCACAUUUGUGAUCAAUACUAUUCUCUAGGUAUGUUGGUUUGUAAUGAAGUAUAAGUCUGUUUGAUGGGUCGAUCCCAUGAAGAAGAAUGUAUAUACUUUUUACAUGAUUAGAUUAGUUAUUUUCAUCAUAUGGUGGGCAUACAUGUAAUUUGACUAAACCCCAUCCACAUUUUCACACAGGUAUUAAAUUGUAAGAUCUCAAACUGGAGCCGUAUCUAGCAGAGGAGACUACUGGGAGGAGCUAUAGGAGGACCAGCUCAUGGAAUUUAUGGAAUGGAGUCAAAUGUGGUUUCCAUGUUUGAUGUGUUUAAAACCGUUUCAUUUAUGCCAUUACAUUGAACCUGUCCUCCUGUAGCUCCUCCCACCAGCCUACUCUGAAUACUACAGUUUACGUUCUCUCUUUAACCUCUUUGUUGUCCUUUUAUCAUGUCAUACUGCUCGUAAAUAAUCUUGUUUUUCCGACCAUUGUUGUAUAUCUUUAAUAAUUGUAUUUUUAAAGAGAAACUCUUGAUAAUAUUGACAGUACUGACUUUAGUCUCCCUGUGGCACUGUCACGGUGAAGAAAGAAAUGAAAUCUUAAUAAAGAAAUCCAUUCAGACCUGUUA